CACAAACGCUAUCGAAGCGCUACAGUUUCGAGUGUGUGAAAAGUUGUGCGUAGACAAUUUCGCUAUUUGAUUUUCAUCUAUAAUUUACAAUGACCAGAUCAACCGAGGCUUUUAUUGGGUCUAAAUGGCUGUGUAUCAUAUUGGUUAUAUAUGCAUCCACCUGGACACUUUCAGAAAGUAUUCCAAAUAGUAAUGCGGCAAAAAUAAGCGAAGUUUUUAGAUGGAAGUACAUAGAAUUCGACUAUCCUUCCAAAAGUGAAAGGCAAGAGGCAAUCGACAAUGGAGAUUUCAUACCGGGACGUUCCCUGCUAAUUGACGUAGAUGUAUAUUAUGGAAGUCGAGGGCAAAAGGUAUUUAUCGGCAUGCCUCGUAUGCAGGGUGGGCAUCCUGCAACUAUCGCUACAGUUACUAACAAAACCACCGCCGAUGGCAAUCCUAUUGUUAAACCCUAUCCUUCUUGGGAUUGGCACAAAAAUCUUAAUGACUGUCCAACUAACAGAAUCGUAUCGGUAUUUAGAGUUAAGGUUGACGAAUGCGGUAGGCUAUGGAUACUUGAUACAGGAAGUAGAAACGACAGCUAUAUUUGCCCUGCACAAAUAUUGGCAUUUGAUUUGAAAACUGAUACAUUGUUAUACAGAUACGAAAUACCCUCUAAUCAAUACGAGCCCAGAUCAGUUUUCGUAGUUCCAGUUGUAGAUGUGCGAGACAAACAAUGUAAGGAUACCAUUGUAUAUGUCUCAGAUUGCCAAGGAUUUGCCAUCAUUGUCUAUAAUCCGUCGUUGGGAGUUUCAUGGAAAGUAGGUGACAAGACAAUGUACCCUUACCCUAGCUCUGGAACAUAUGAAAUUCAAGGUAAGAACACCGCCAUCCUCUUUGAGUGUUAACUCAGAUUUAUGUAU